AUGGAAAAAGCCAAUCAUUCUACGCCACUUGGCGUGGAUCAACACCACCUCCACACGAACCGUGUAACCAUCCGCGAACGGCUUCGCGAAUGGAAGAAUCGCGUCAAGUGUCGCGCGCAGGGGUUGUACGCGUCGGGUUACCACAGCAGUUACGGAUCUGCUCCCUACGGCUCGCUUCAAGCGUCCGUCGCGGCGGGCGGCGGCCGCAAGGCGGCGAUGGCGACGGCGGCGGCUGCGGCGACCUCGUCGCUGGCGGCGGUGCGCGUGUUUAAGGGAAACAGCGUGCUCGCGCAAUUCAAGGCGCGAAUCACGGCGCGAUUUGCGGAGGGAACCACAGGGCUUGUGACUGAUGCGGCGGAUGGGCAAGGAGCCGCAGGAGCAGAGGCGGUGAGAGCAAGAGGGAUAGAGGCGACGGGAGAGAUCGGGGAGAGAGGCGAGGCGGAGGGGGUGAGCGGGGCACAUGGGGCAGAUGAGGGCAGGCUAGCCGUGGUGGUGGGGGGUAUAGGGGCGGGCGGGGAGCAGCAGAGCGCGGCAGUGCGCAUGGCGCAGACGGUGCUGCUGCCCGCCCUGGGCGCCGUGUCACACGCCUUCAUGCACGGUCUCAACCGCACUGAGGUGAUAGACGCGCACAAGCUCACCAACGCCAUCGCCCACCGCCCCCCCGGCACGCCCCUCCUCACGGUGGCCAAUCACGUGGCAGCAAUGGACGACCCGCUGGUCAUGGCGGCGGUGGUGCCGCCAGCCCUCAUGCUCUCCCAACCCUCCGCCCUCCGCUGGACCCUCUGUGCCACCGACCGCUGCUUCUCCUCGCCCCUCCUCUCUGCCUUCUUCACCUCGCUCCGUGCUUUACCAGUCGAGCGGGGAGGGGGCUUGCAGCAGCCGGGCAUGGUGGCAGCAGCGCAGCGGCUGGGCGAGGGCGGGUGGGUGCACAUCUUCCCCGAGGGCACUCGCUCGCUGGAUGGCGGCCGCACUGUUGGCCCCAUGCGCAGAGGCGUGGCGUGGCUGGCAGCGCAGUGCACUGUGCCGCCCCUCAUCAUCCCAGUGGUGCAUGUCGGCAUGCACCGCGUGCAAGCUAGAGGACAAACGCUGCCGGCCGUAGGCCAACGGCUCUCUAAAGAAAACUGUGCGUCUGACCAUUCUCUCCACGCGCACCCUGCACUGAUGCUUGGGCGCUCUCUUCUCAUCCGGCUUUCCUCUCUUCUCAUCUGGCUUUCCUCUCUUCUCAUCCGGCUUUCCUCUCUUCUCAUCCGGCUUUCCUCUCUUCUCAUCCGGCUUUCCUCUCUUCUCAUCCGGCUUUCCUCUCUUCUCAUCCGGCUUUCCUCUCUUCUCAUCCGGCUUUCCUCUCUUCUCAUCCGGCUUUCCUCUCUUCUCAUUCGGCUUUCCUCUCUUCUCAUCCGGCUUUCCUCUCUUCUCAUCCGGCUUUCCUCUCUUCUCAUCCGGCUUUCCUCUCUUCUCAUCCGGCUUUCCUCUCUUCUCAUCCGGCUUUCCUCUCUUCUCAUCCGGCUUUCCUCUCUUCUCAUCCGGCUUUCCUCUCUUCUCAUCCGGCUUUCCUCUCUUCUCAUCCGGCUUUCCUCUCUUCUCAUCCGGCUUUCCUCUCUUCUCAUCCGGCUUUCCUCUCUUCUCAUCCGGCUUUCCUCUCUUCUCAUCCGGCUUUCCUCUCUUCUCAUCCGGCUUUCCUCUCUUCUCAUCCGGCUUUCCUCUCUUCUCAUCCGGCUUUCCUCUCUUCUCAUCCGGCUUUCCUCUCUUCUCAUCCGGCUUUCCUCUCUUCUCAUCCGGCUUUCCUCUCUUCUCAUCCGGCUUUCCUCUCUUCUCAUCCGGCUUUCCUCUCUUCUCAUCCGGCUUUCCUCUCUUCUCAUCCGGCUUUCCUCUCUUCUCAUUCGGCUUUCCUCUCUUCUCAUUCGGCUUUCCUCUCUUCUCAUCCGGCUUUCCUCUCUUCUCAUCCGGCUUUCCUCUCUUCUCAUCCGGCUUUCCUCUCUUCUUAUCCGGCUUUCCUCUCUUCUCAUUCGGCUUUCCUCUCUUCUCAUUCGGCUUUCCUCUCUUCUCAUCCGGCUUUCCUCUCUUCUCAUCCGGCUUUCCUCUCUUCUCAUCCGGUUUUCCUCUCUUCUCAUCCGGCUUUCCUCUCUUCUCAUCCGGCUUUCCUCUCUUCUCAUUCGGCUUUCCUCUCUUCUCAUCCGGCUUUCCUCUCUUCUCAUCCGGCUUUCCUCUCUUCUCAUCCGGCUUUCCUCUCUUCUCAUCCGGCUUUCCUCUCUUCUCAUCCGGCUUUCCUCUCUUCUCAUCCGGCUUUCCUCUCUUCUCAUCCGGCUUUCCUCUCACACCUGCCCUGCCUGCCCCACCGGCUGCCGCACCUGCCCUCCUUGCCCUCCCCGCUUCCGCCCUGCCCGCCACCACUACUCCCCUCCCACCCAUCCCUGCGCUUCCCCCUCGCCUGUCCUCCCUUCCCCACCCUGCGCGCAUCUCGCAGGUGGCAGUGAUGGUGGGAGAUCCCAUUGA